AUGCAUCGUGUUGUAUGCGCUGUUAAUGAAUCUCUCUAUUAUCAAAUGCUUUGUAAAGGUUUACUUAUGUCUUUACUGAAAUAUGAAUCUAUGCCAUAUAAAAUUACUGUUCUUCUUGAUGGUAAACAUUCUGAACCAUUGGACGAUCUUCGUAAACAUAUUGAGAUUAUAUCUCUCAAACCUCUAGAUAUUAUUUGUGGAUCUGUUUCAUCGAGAACAACGUUUGCUCGACUUGAGAUUCCAUAUGUGUUUCCGUAUGAAAGAAGAAUUUUAUAUUUGGAUGUUGAUACUUAUAUUAUGAAUGAUAUUCAUGAACUUUUUACUAUUCCAUUUGAAACAAUUGCGGCAGUUGUCCCAGGUACACAUUUAAUGAUAAAAGACUUGAUAACACGAGAAUUUAAAACAAAGCUCAAUACAAUGUAUUAUGAAUUAGAUGGCAUUCGUUAUUCAGUUGGUUCAGAAGAUCACAAGUAUUUCAAUGCUGGUGUCAUGCUAAUGGAUUCCUAUAAAUGGCGUCAGUUUCGUAUUAAACAACAUGUUGAAGCUCUAAUAAAUGCACAUCCAUUAGCUAUGUAUACAAGUGAUGAAAUGGCACUCAAUCUAAUUUUUCGUGGUCGUCUAACGGAUCUUCGACAAUGUUACAAUACUUUUUCUUUUACAGCAAGAGACCUCACUGAAAUUCCUCGUAUUUGGCAUUUCAACACGUAUAAACCAAUUAUUCAUGCACCACUAACUGGAUUUUCUGCUUGAGAUACCAAACGUAUUCAAGGUGCAAUUUUAAUCGGAUCAUUUGGAAGAGGAGAAGGUUCACCAGCAUCCGAUAUUGACAUUGAAUUGCUCAUACUAGAAGAUCAACUUGAUAUCGAUGAAUUUACCAACCAUCUUAUACAACUAUUUAAGAAAACAGAAGAAUCAUUAGUUAUAAAACAUACAAUUUGGCUUGCAGAUCGACGAAAACUUGCUCUUUAUCAUGGACCACAACUUCUUCUUACUGAACUUUAUCUUUACACUCAACUAUCUCAAUUCGAUAAAUAUUUUCUUGGUUCUCGAAUUACUGAUUUAACUAAAUGUAUUUUGGUUGAUCGACAAGAUUUAAUUCGUCAACAUCUCGAAUAUAUUCUUACAUUACCAUAUGAUAAUCGAGAUGGUCUUAUCCGUGAAUUAAUAGCUUCUAUUCUAUAUCAAUUAGAAUCGACAUCGUCUGCUAGACGACGUUGUGAUGCAUACAAAUUCUAUUUUCUUUCUAAUAUUACUCUACAUGAACUUGUCAGACUUGCUUAUGUAUUAAAUGGUAAAAUGGAAUACAAUUACAAUCCUCCUCAAUCUAUUGUCAAUCCAGAUUUAUCAUCGACCAUGAAUUUAGAUAAGAGUGGAUUGCAUUUGAAAAAUCUUAUCAAUUUUUUCUUAGAACAACUUGAUCGAAUUGAGAAUAUUGAAGCUUUUUGGAAUGAUUUUCCAACAGGUAGAUUAGACAAAGCAGGAUUUGUGAAAUAUUACGAAGAAAUAAAAGAUGACAAAGAUAAAACAAGUGUCUUGUGCGAUCAUGUAUUUGCUAUUUUUGAUAAAAAUCAUGAUGGUACAAUUGAUUUUAAUGAAUUCUUAUUGGCUGUUGCAGUGAGUGCACCACAUGAUAUAGAUAGUCAUCUUGAUUAUGUUUUCGAAAUGUGUGAUGUUUCAGGUGACGGAAGAGUAGAUGUCAAUGAAUUAGCUGCUUUUCUCUCGGCUUCAUUAACUAUCGUAGGUAGAACUGAUCAAAAAGAUCAUCUUGAUCCGAAAAAGUUAGCAGCUAGUAUAUUCAAUACACUUGGUAUUGAUGAAGACAAAAAAUUAACCAAAGAAGAAUUUAUCAAAGGGUACAUUUGA